AUGGCCCUCUCUACUAACGCAGAAGUCGGGGAUAUGACAGAAACAUUAGUUUCGACAUCUUUCAGGUUGCUUGCUUCCCUGCUACUCAAACCUCCUGCAACCGUCGAGGUGCUCCCUGGCGAUGCCUCCAGUCUGGAUCUCCGAUGGGGCAGAACCAUCCCAUUCCCCUUUUCUGCUUAUGGAAAAAAAUCCUUGGUGUGCCUGAGAAAGAACUUCGUCGGUCCCUACCUGUUCGCUGUGCAUGUUUUCGCUGCUGCACGCAAGGUUUCCGGACUUCAUACAUUUCAGAAUGCCUCCACCCUUACCAUGACUCCAGCGAUUCAGGACAUAAUCGAUUCUUCUGCUGUCCUCAUUUUGAUGAAUCCGGCUCACCAGACUGCACUCAAUGCUAGAAACAAGCACUGUUGCAAACAGGCCGAGCUAUGGUACCACAGGCGAUGGCUUUUCCGGCGCAUAUACCCAAUCCCAACCUCUCCUCAAGGGUCCAUUGCUGACAUAGCCCCCGAUUCAACAAAUUUCUAUCUUCUUCCCAAUGACCUCUCUGUGGAAAUCAGUCUUGUCAUAAGAGCUUGCGAACUCUAUUCCUGCAACUAUUUUGGCUGGAUGCACCGCACAAUAUGCAUUAAAUCUAUCAUCGUAUCAGCGAUGCAUUUUAUCACAUCAGACGUGUUCGUUGAAAUCGUUACAAAAGAGAUCCUCGACGUCACGAAGUGGAUCGAGUCUCACAUCUCGGACUAUAGUGCUGUGCAUCACCUCAAAACUCUUGCUUAUCUCGUUGAUGAAAUGGAGUGUACGUUCCUCCCAGACAAUCUUCAGCAUUUACUUUCCCCGAUCGGACACGCCCUCAUGCUCGUACGUGCAUUUCCGGGGCACGAAACACUUUGGCAGUAUCUCCGCCUAUUUUGGGAUGAGGGGGAUGUCACUGCAGCGUUUAUCGCGUCGUUUGUGGUACCUCUACAAAGUACUGGGAUGGUGGACGAGGGAAACGAGUAUCGAGAAUGUUUUAGUGCCGCGCAUCAUGCUCGCCACUUCCUCGAGUGGAGGAAUCAGAGGUUGAGGUGACACAACUGCUUGUUACUUGGUACCGUACGCCACGCGUUAUCAUGCAAUCAUUAAUCAAUUCAUGCCAGCACGACAGGUUGUCUUCACAAUUAAUUAACACCUUCACAGAUAAAUCAAAUCAUUAUACUUCUUGAUCCUUGCGAUCGGUGGAAAUCAGCGA